CCAAACAAAAAAAUGUAGGUACCGAAAAUCCUCCAAAUUUAAGAAGGUACAGUAGAAUUUUUCCUAAUUUCUAAACCUCUACUCUUCGAUUUUCAUUGGUAUGCAGAAAUAUGAGCAUUGACUUCUGCAUAUUUGCCCAUUGAACACGAAAUUUGAAAAAAGCCAGAAGCAGAAGAGAAGAACAGAGAGAUACAUAUAGACAUAUUCCGGGAACCGGAAGGGCAGGAAACCUUUUAGAUUGCCGCUGGCGAUUUCCUCCAGUGUCUAUGCCGCGAUGCCAGUUAUCCAUGUCAAUCAAAACCGCGCCUUCCUCCUCACUCCCCAUUCUACUGGGAACAAACUAUCCAACUUCGCCCCCUCAACUCAUCCUUCCUGCCACUUCUCUCCAACACCCACCUUUUUAAAACCCAAAACCCUGUUGUUUCGCAGCUUACCGUCUCAAUUUAUCCUGCCCAACGACUCUUCUUUGUUCCCAUUCAGCACUCAUCCCCGGCGCUUUGCAUCCGUUAUUGCAGCUGCAAAGAAAGGCUCUGAUUACUACUCCGUUCUAAAUGUCGGUAAAAACGCAUCUUUGCAAGAAAUCAAGGCCUCUUACCGAAGACUUGCUCGGCAGUAUCAUCCUGAUAUGAACAAGGGUCAGGGGGCUGAAGAGAAGUUCAAAGAGAUAAGUUCUGCGUAUGAGGUACUAUCAGAUGCUGAGAAAAGGUCUUUAUAUGAUCGAUUUGGUGAAGCCGGAUUACAGGGUGAAUAUAACGAAUCUGGUGAUGGUGCUUCAGGGAUAGAUCCUUUUGAAAUGUUCACCCAAUAUUUUGGCGACUCUCAUUCCUUUUUCGGAGGAAGUGGUAGUUCAAGGGGGUUCAACUUUGAUUUCAGCAAUGCAGGGCGUCAGGAUCUUGAUAUUAGAUAUGACUUGCACUUGAGCUUUAAAGAGUCAAUAUUUGGAGGAGAACGUGAUAUUGAAGUACCUUGUUUAGAGGCUUGUGAUGGUUGUGAAGGAACAGGAGCAAAGUCCAGAAGUUGCAUAAAAACAUGUUCUAAUUGUCAAGGAAGAGGGGGAGUGGUGAAAACAGAGAAGACACCCUUUGGAAUUGUGUCUCAGGUAUCUACUUGCCCAAAGUGUAGUGGUAAUGGCAAGAUAAUAGCAGAUGCUUGUCGGCAAUGUAAUGGCCAAGGUCAAGUAAAAUCAAAGCGGAGCUUGAGAGUGGUCAUACCACCAGGAGUCAGUGAUGGUAGCUCGAUGCAACUUCGAGGAGAGGGUAACAUAGACAAAACAAGGGGCAUUGCCGGCAACCUCUUUCUGGUCGUCCAUGUCGAGGAAGAGAACGGAAUUUUGAGGGAUGGUCUGAACUUAUACUCAAAAGUAGACAUUGAUUACACAGGAGCCAUUCUGGGGACAAUUACCAAGGUCAAAACUAUGGAUGGUAUAAGAGAUCUGAAGAUUCCUCCUGGAUGUCAACCUGGAGAUACUUUGAAAAUGGAAAAUAUGGGAGUCCCAAAUAUGAGUAGACCUCAUGAGCGAGGAGAUCAUCAUUUUAUUGUCAAUGUUCGAAUCCCGAAGAACAUCAGUAAUGAAGAACAAGAUCUCCUCAAGGCAUUGGCUUCAAUCAGGGCUGCAUCCAAGGACCACUCAGUGCCUUUUGAUGAUCAUCCACACAGAAGUGUUCCUCAUAUGUGGAAGUCACUCAAGAACUUCUUUAGGCAAAAGCAACCAGGCGAGCGGUUUGCAUCAAUGAGCAUGGAGACACGUACCUUGAGGAUCUGUCCGUCUUUUACUUCUUCAUUCGUCGUAUCGAUUUCUGCUCUUUUAUUCUUAACGUGUAUUAUAGCCUUGGUUAAGAUUGCACGAAGUACAUUUCACAAGAAAGAAAUCACAGAUAGACAAAAUCUUUCUCCCUACUAGGAAAUAAAAGAUGAAUUGUGGUGGGAUUUUGUGUGACAGCAAUGUUUCUAUGUCAAUGCAUGUUUCUUUGCUUAGAGUGGAUUGGUAUUGUCUGCAUUUUAGAAUGUAGAAAUUGAUUGGAUUCAUACCAAAAGAGAGGCGGUCAUUUUGAGCCAUAAUCUAACCCAUGAAUUCCAAUAGACUACUGGAGGCUAGGACGCCUGUCAUCAUUGUCAUGUACACCCAGAAUCUCUAUCUCGUCUUGCAAGG